CUGUAUUCCAUCAGGUUUUGAGGGAUUGAAAGAUUAGUGGGUAAGGUGGUUUUAGAGUUCUAAUGGGGUUUGUACUCAAGGUGAUGGGUUUUCUAGGUUGGGCUCUUCUUUCUCUAAUUGCUAUAGUGCCUGUUGUGGCUGCAAGGCAUAGGCCUUGGUCUCACUCCAAGAAGGUGAACAUAAGCGAGGAGGAUCUUGUGACUGAAUUGGCUGGCCAACCUAAGGUGGAGUUCAGUCAUUAUGCGGGGUAUGUGACAGUAAAUGAAAAGCAUGGGAGAGCUCUCUUCUACUGGUUCUAUGAAGCGUCGAGUCACCCGGAGGAAAAGCCAUUGGUGCUGUGGCUUAAUGGAGGUCCGGGGUGCUCUUCUGUGGGAUACGGAGCAACACAGGAGAUCGGUCCUUUCACUGUUGAUACUGAUGGAAGUGGGCUGAAAUUGAAUCCUUACUCAUGGAACAGAGCGAGGUUCACCCUACCAUCCGAGGGUUGGAGAUCCCGCCUUCUACCCAGUGACCCAGACGAAGCCAACAUGUUAUUCUUGGAAUCUCCAGCUGGAGUUGGCUUUUCAUACUCAAAUACAACCACUGAUUAUGAUACUCUCGGAGAUAGCGUUACAGCGAAGGAUACAUAUAUUUUCCUGCACAAGUGGUUCAAUAAAUUCCCGACGUAUAGACACCGGAGUUUUUACAUUGCAGGGGAGAGCUAUGCAGGAAAAUACGUUCCUGAGCUGGCUGAGCUCAUAUAUGAUAUGAACAAGCAUCCUUCUCUACAUAUUAAUCUCAAGGGUUUCUUGUUGGGUAAUCCAGAAACAUCGGAUGCUGAUGAUUGGCGAGGUAUGGUGGACUAUGCUUGGAGCCAUGCAGUGAUAUCAGAUGAAACUCACAAAAUUAUCAAGGAGAGCUGCAAUUUUGACAAGGGUGAUCCAUGGAGCAAUGAUAGUUGCAGCCAGGCUGUGGAUGAAUUACUUAAUCAAUAUAAAGAGAUUGAUAUAUAUAGCCUCUAUACCUCUGUCUGCACCAACUCAACUAGCUCAAAUGAUGGAUCAAUGCAAGUUAUGUACAACUCCAAGUCUAAGAUGAUGCCAAGGAUCAUGGGUGGUUAUGAUCCCUGCCUCGAUGACUACGCAAAGACUUUCUACAACAGACCCGAUGUCCAGAAGGCCCUCCAUGUUAGUGAUGAUCUUCACCUCAAGAACUGGAGCAUCUGCAAUUACAAAAUAUUUCGCGAAUGGUCAGAGUCAAGACCUUCCAUCGUUCCUAUAUACAAGAAGCUAAUUGCGGCAGGACUUAGGAUUUGGGUGUACAGUGGGGACACCGAUGGAAGAGUUCCUGUUCUGUCCACAAGAUACAGCUUGGGUGCUUUAGAACUACCUAUCACUAGAGCCUGGAGGCCUUGGUACCACCAGAAGCAGGUGGGCGGGUGGUUCCAAGAGUAUGAAGGGCUCACAUUUGCAACAUUUAGAGGAGCUGGACAUGCGGUGCCCACUUUCAAACCCAGUGAGUCUCUAGCCCUCUUUGCAUCCUUUCUUGCCGGAGAAUCUAUGCCGUCGGAACGAUAAAAAAUUUUCAAUAGCUGGUCGGCCUUGCAGUACUUGUGAUCAUCUUGAAUCUAACUACUCUACUUACUAUAUCAGAUGUAACUGGUAACAUGGAUGUGAAUGAAGAAAUCUUUAGUAUUGUACGUGUGGUAAAUAAAAAGAAUGGAUCUCCAUUUUCAGUUCAUAAAUAAAAUAGUUUGAACAAUUUAAAUUGCAA